AUGAAUAAAAUCUCUAAAUUAACUGCUGAACAGCAAGAAAUUGAACAAUUAAAAAAACAAGUCGCUGAAUUGUCCAAAUUCAAGCACGAACGUAAAGGAGGUAGUAAGAAAAAAACCUUAGACCAAAUUUCCACUCCGGCUCAUAUUUCGGAAUUUAUGCGAGAUUUAGUUCAGUCAGAAAAAAAAGACCAAGUAGCAGAAAUAGUCAUUGACAUUGCUUGCGGUGUAGAUACUAAUGCCUUAAUGAUUGGAGCCGAUUUAGAUGAAGAAGCUUUAGAACUAUGUAAAAUAAACCUCCCUUCGGCUAUCCUUUUUAAACACAAUUCCUUAGAAUGCGAUACUCCUUGCGAAAUUAAGGAACAUAUUUUUUACCAAGGAACUAGUUUAGCCAAGAUUAAAGAACAAAAAGGAGAAAAGGUAUUCGUGAUGAACCCUCCAUUUAGUUUAGCCGCAGCAGUUUUAACUUUACCAGGUGAUUUAUUUGCCGGUCAAAACACCGGAACUCAUACUUGUCUAAUG